GGGCGUUACAUGGACGAUGCGAGGAACGUGUUUGAUUCGGCUAUAGAUAGAGACUUGUAUAGUUGGAACACUAUGAUCGGUGUGUAUGUUGGAUCCGGUAACAUGAUUCAAGCAAAGAAUUUGUUUGAUGAAAUGCAUGAGAGGGAUGUUGUGUCAUGGAGUACUAUAAUAGCUGGUUAUGUUCAGGUUGGCUGUUUCAUGGAGGCUUUGGACUUAUUCCACAAAAUGUUGCAAUCCGAGGUUAAACCAAAUGAAUAUACCAUGGUAAGCACUCUUGCAGCCUGUUCGAAACUUGUUGCAUUGGAUCAGGGAAAUUGGAUCCAUGUGUACAUUCGCAGGGGCGAGAUUAAGAUGAAUGAUAGACUUCUUGCUAGCCUCAUUGACAUGUAUGCAAAGUGUGGAGAGAUAGAAUCUGCGUCAAGUGUUUUCUGUGAACACAAAGUGAAGCGAAAGGUUUGGCCAUGGAAUGCCAUGAUUGGUGGGUUUGCAAUGCAUGGAAAACCUGAAGAAGCUAUAAAUGUGUUCUAAAAAAUGAAGGUUGAAAGAGUUUCUCCUAAUAAAGUAACAUUCAUUGCCUUAUUAAAUGCUUGUAGCCAUGGCUAUAUGGUUAAGGAGGGAAAAUCAUAUUUUGAAUUGAUGGGUAGCGAUUACGGAAUUAAUCCUGAAAUAGAGCAUUAUGGAUGUAUGGUAGAUUUACUUAGUCGCUCCGGGCUCUUGAAGGAUGCUGAAGAGAUGAUUUUGAGCAUGCCAAUGGCUCCGGAUGUUGCGAUUUGGGGAGCACUGUUGAAUGCUUGUAGAAUCUAUAAAGAUAUGGAGCGCAGAUAUAGAAUAGGUAGGAUAAUUAAAGAAAUUGAUCCUAACCAUAUAGGCUGUAAUGUUUUGCUGGGUAAUAUAUAUUCUACAUCAGAAAGAUGGAAUGAAGCAAGGAUGCUAAGAGAGAAAAAUGAAAUCAACAGUGACAGGAAAAAAAUUCCUGGUUUCAGCUCAAUUGAAUUGAAUGGGAUAUUCCAUCAAUUCCUUGUUGGUGAUCGAUCACAUCCUAAGAGUAAGGAGAUUUAUUCAUUUUUGGAUGAGAUGAUAAGCAAGUUGAAGAUUGCCGGGUAUGUUCCCGAGUUAGGGGAAGUUUUGCUUGAUUUUGAUGAUGAGGAAGAUAAAGAGACUGCUCUUUCUGUACACAGUGAGAAGUUGGCUAUUGCUUUUGGACUGAUGAACACAGCACCAGGAACUCCAAUUUGCAUAGUGAAAAAUUUAAGAGUUUGUGCGGAUUGUCAUCAUGCGACAAAAUUUAUCUCUAAGGUUUAUGAUCGAGUAAUUAUAGUACGAGAUAGGAUGAGGUAUCACCACUUCAAAAAUGGAGUUUGUUCUUGCAAAGACUAUUGGUAGAUAAAGAAAGUGCUCUUCAACCCUAAUCCCUGAUACAAAAGCUGCAACAAGUGAACUGUUCUCUCUGCAGUGAUAUUUGUGAGGCAGUUUCAAUUCUUUUGUCCCUGACUGCAUUGUGUAUGAGGAGGAACCAGUGUCUCGAUAGUUUGGUUAACUGGCAAAGCCCUAAAAUCGCUGUUGCUUUAUGCAUCUAGUGAGUUUUUUCUGCUGCAUGAUGUGGAUUGUUUGUACACUAAGUUGGACUAGACUGAGAUUUGGUGGAUCUUGUGCUUAUAUCUUUGUAAAAUGAAAACUUACUUCCUGUUUGUGCUUCUGAUUCCAAUCACAGGUAUGUUUUGGAGAUCUAGGACUAUGAUAUUAUGUUCUCAUAGCUUGUCCAUUUUCUCUAGGAAUUGAUGAGGUUGAAAGAAAUUCAUCUGUCUGUUACUGUAAUACUCUUCUCCCUUAACUUGGUCUUGUUUUAUGUAAAGGAAGAAAAAUAAACAAAACUUUGUUUUAUAUGAAAAAUAUCAGUGUGAAUGAAGAUAAAUUCUACCAAGCAUAUACUAGCUCUUCUUGACUCAUUGAUUUCCAUUUUUAAUAAGUUUUGAGCAUUUUCUUGCUCGGGCUUGCACUAGUAUUUGAGUCUAACAAACUUCCUAUUACUGCAGAAACCUUCUAGUGGGAACCUUGGUGUAGGAAACCACCAUUUGUCACAAUAUUUUGUUGAACUGUAUUUAUAGGAAUCAUCAUCUGUAUCUUUUGAUAAAUAAGCGAAAUCAUUUUGGACUUUGAAGUUA